GCGCGGGCGACAGAAGCAGUCGGCCGCGUGCUUCAAUAGUGAUCAGUCACCACCAUCACCACCACUACCACCACCACCGCUGCUGCUGCUGCUACCAGCCCCCCCUCUACCACAACCACCAUCACCUCUACCAUGGCUCUCGCGCUGCUGGUUCUCUGCUUGACACUCUUCACUCAAGACGCUUCAGGAGAAGGAUGGACUUACAGCGGCCAGCAUGGACCCAGACACUGGGGAUCACUGUUCAGCACGUGUGCCGGUAAGAGACAGUCGCCCAUCAACAUUGAGACGGCCAACGUUAAGACAGAAUUCUGGAAGCCUCUUAAGUUCAAGAAUUACGACGACCCUCCCUCGCGCAUGCGCAUCAAGAACAACGGUCACUCAGCUCAGGUGGAGAUGGACGCAGCAGCGGCUCCACGGUUCAAUGAAGGAGGAUUGAGAGGAGAGUAUAUCUUCGCCCAGUUCCACUUCCACUGGGGCGCGGACUCCAGUAUGGGCUCUGAGCACACCAUUGAUGGGGUCAGGUACCCGAUGGAACUUCACUUGGUCCACUACAACGCAGCUUACGGAACUCUGACGGAGGCUAUCAAGAGGCAGGACGGAUUGGCAGUGUUGGGAGUGAUGAUGGAGGUGUCUGAGACGGACAACCCGGCCCUCACGCCCCUCGCUAACGCUCUUCUCAACAUAACACAGUCCGGGAUGUUCGCUGAGUUGUCGUCACCCUACCCUCUACGCGCCUUCUUGCCCAACAACUUACAGAAGUUCUACAGGUAUGAAGGCUCCCUCACUACUCCCACCUGUAAUGAGGUGGUUAUCUGGACUGUCUUCGCCAAUGCCAUCCCCAUCUCCGAGAAACAGUUGAGGAACUUCCGGUCUCUGAUUGAUGAACAUCACGAGAAUCUUGUCAACAACUUCCGCCCUCCUCAGCCUCUCAACAACCGCAAGGUGUUGAUGUCUGCAGAGAACAGCGGAGACUCGGCUGCCAUGAAGAAGGUCGGCCUCACCAUCUACUUCAUGACGUCUAUGGCUGUUCUCAUGAUGAACAUGUAGAGCUCAUUACUAUUUUCAUCAUACCACCACAACAGCUGCCAUCACCACCUACCACCACCGACACCCACCACUGCCAUCACCAACAAGAAGUACCACAACAGCCAUCACCCAUCAACACUACCAACACUAACUGCCAUCACAACAACCACCACCACAGCUGCCACCAGCAACCACCAUCACUACCAGCGACCACUAACAACUACCACCACCACUACCACCAACCAUCACCACAACCAUCUUCCUGCACACUAGCACAAGACGAAGAGCAGCAUCACACACAAGAUCUGACAUCUGUCAAUAAUUACUCCUCGUACCAUCAAUAUCUGCGCCAUUAAAAGCGGUGAUCUUCCUGUGUUUGAACACACUGUAAUUUAUCUGUCAAUCCCACCAAGUGACUUAAUAGAACCAAAUCAUUGUCACAAUUUUGAAUCCCACUAUUGGUAUUUGUGAGGUUAGCGUGCGUAAGAUACUUGCACUCAAAUUAUGAACCAUGGGGAGGAUGUCGACCAGUGGUCGGAUGGAUAGUUCAUGCACUCAGACCGCAAAACUAUUGUGGACGGUGGUCGGAUAAGUGGUCACUGGCCACCUGUGUGCAAGGUUUCACUCUGGUACUGAGUAAUGCCAGACGGUAAUCUUCAGUUUUCCUGCAGUUUAGGUCUUUUCUAUCUAGAUUUCAGCAUGUUGACCAAUCCACACACUAGAAAAUGAAGGGACAAUCGACUUGAGAAUGGUCCAGGAUGGACCGAAAUGUCGUCGUCCCUUCAUUUUCUAAUGUGUGGAUUGGUCAACAUACUUCAGCCAUGUUAUUGUGACUCAUCGCCUGCAUAUAGAUUUCAGCAGUUUGGGUUGGAAUCUGGCUUCACCAUGAAUGUAGUAUGAAUACUAAACUGCACAGUAACACUGAAAUUACUCCAUCUGGAAUUUGUUACUCGCUAUAUAAUGUUAAUGUACUAAUGUCAGUAUAUUUUAGAAGGCCAGUACUUACUACUUUAAUCAUACGCCUGCCAGAUCUGACCAAAUUACUAAGACAUGCAACUUUUCUGAAGAGAAAAUCUAUUGUAUGAGAGGUAAGGCAGCUUCCAGUUUGUUAUGAAAUAAGAUUUAUCAAAGUUUAUAUUACAAUGACAUAAUAGAACCCUGAAAUGUAAAUAGGCCAAUGUUAUUGCUAGUCUCAUUUAUUGAACACAGCCAGGUGUUUGUUACACGUCCCUGUCUCAAAGUGUCUCCAUAGUUUGUGUAGUGUUGGCAUUACAGUUUCUCGUUUAUGAUGAGGACGCCUCUAGCACUACUAACCAGUCAAGCUCUGCAAAAAUUUGCUUCAUCGAAAAUGUGCUUGUGCAUGUGCUUGCCUAGUAAGGUGAGUACAUGCACACGCUCCUCGCACAUGCACACCCAUGAAAAUGUGUGUGUGUGUGUGGACACAAUAUGUCACAAUGUUGCCAAUCUUCUUGUUGAGAUAAGAGAAGGAAGAAGAGAAUCACUUUAAUAUCCCUCACCAGUCUCCUCUAAGAGCUUGACAAGAGUUCUGUAUUGUAGAUAGUUAACAUUCCACACCGCCCUCUUGCUCAGCGGUGUCUUGUUCCACCGGGAGUGUAGGUGUUCUGUACAGCUCAUGCAAAUCAUCGCUGGGAGCCUGCCAGCGAAUAAAGCCUGAAUUGAACAUAAGGAUAUUUCCACUGGUUAUAAAACCCUUGAACCUAGUACUCACAAGCCUCUACAUCCCCAGCUUCUCAUAUGUAUAUUCUUCCCCUUCUAUACCUUCAGAUAUACAGGUAUGUAUUCUGAUGCAGGUCAAGUGUAGAGGGUCCUGCCAUCUGUAUCUCUCAAUACCCUCUGUAUGAUACUUUGCCUCUUCGUGCCCUUGCUAAGUAAGCCCUGUUUCAUAGUAUAUAGUUUACAAUGCAGCCAAGUUAUACAUAUUUCUCUCCCUUUCCCUUUCCUCAUCUUGUCCCUUGAAGAAUUAAUACGUUUCUCUAAAACUAAAUCUUUAAUUUUCUUGCAGACAGUGUCACAAUGUGACAGAUAACUAGACACCCACAUAUGUGUAGUGUGGGUGUCUCCUGUUAUUUUUCAUUUUCUACUCCUUUUUCUUUUUGUUGUAUUAUAGUGACAUUUCAUCAAUUGGUCAACAUUUCCAACCUUCCAUAUCUCAAUACCCGUUGUUUCUUCCAUGGCAACUUUACUUGUAAAAAUUGUCUAAGUAUAAGUUUAACUACAGGUAUAAGUAAUUACUCAAAUAAAAAGCUGGCAAAAUGUUGUUGUUGAGACUGUGCUCGGAGUUACUCAAUGUAUUGUAUACGUCUGACGCGUCGGGUGUCAAUCUGUAUUGUAACUGUAUAAUUAAAUAGAUUUGGUUCUUUUACCACAGAAAAGUAAUAAAUUAUAGAAUUCUGUAA